CGGCUCUUCCGGGCGGAGGCGCCUGGCCUGGGUCCGAGGUGGGGCGCGUCCAGACGACGAAGGAGACGACGGUCGACCGUCAAGGCCGCAGCCGCCAUGGCGUCCAGCGGAGUCCGCGGGCCGACGCCGCGCCGGGGACCGACACUCGGCGGCGCUGCGCUGUUCCUGCUGCUCCUCCCGGCGGCCGCCGCUCAGGGUUGUUCUCAGAACACAAGCAGAACCUGUGAAGAGUGCCUGAAAAAUGUCUCGUGCCUUUGGUGCAACACGAACAAGAUGUGCCUGGACUACCCAGUGACCAAAGUCCUGCCGCCCAGCUCCCUCUGCCGGCUGAGCUCUGCACGCUGGGGCGUGUGCUGGGUGAACUUUGAGGCCUUGAUCAUUGCCAUGUCAGUGAUCGGGGGCUCCCUGCUCCUGGGGGUUGCCAUCUGCUGCUUCUGCUGCUGCAGGAGGAGCCGGAGCCGACGGCCGGACAAGAGCGAAGAGAAGGCCAUCCGGGAGCGAGAGGAGCGCCGGGUCCGGCAGGAGGAGCGGAGAGCGGAGAUGAAGUUGAGACAUGAUGAAAUCAGAAAAAAAUAUGGUUUGUUUAAAGAAGAAAACCCAUAUGCCAGAUUCGAAAACAACUAAGAUGCACUUGGUGGCGCGGCGAGCAGUCUCCAGGCCUCUAGUCAGCAGGGACCCCACUGCCCUUCCGCCUCCCACCCUGGGGAAGGAAGCUGCCUCGGGCCGAGGCCUGGGAGCUUCUGUUUCCUCUUCUCUCGUUUCUGUAUUUAGUCACUUGAGACACGAAGGCUGUCAGGGCUUCUCUGUUGUUCUGUUGUCCACCUGGGGAGGAUGCGGCGCACCUCAGGCCUCCGGUCGUCUGUGGGCCAGUGCAGACGGCCCUGCAUCUGGGCCCGCGAGGUCCACAUGCAGGAAGCGGGGCUGUGCAGUCUGUCCUGGGACCUCCCCCAACCCCUGUCGCUUCCUCUGCACCUCGGGGCCCAGGAUGCAGUCUGACCUUGCCCACACCGAGUAGCAUUGAGCCAUAAACCUUUUUUUUUUUUUAAUUAUUGGAUUUUAUUUUCCUACCCAAAAGAUUCUCCCAAAAAGCUUUAUUGUCAAAGUGCAGACCAUUUAUAGGGUGAUUUUUCAAGUUUGUGUCUUUACUGGUACAUCAAGAUAUUUUUCUAGUGUUCAUCUGAAUUAUAAAACCUCCGACGGGCGGUCGUCGGUCAGGUGCUAUUGUGUCCUGGGGGUGGGAGGGCCUCCUGAGGCUCUGCCUGCCUUUUCAGCCCCAGUGAGCAUCAGCCUCGGGGUUGGGGUCUCCUGAGUCAGACCCUCCCUGCUGUCUCUGGUGGUCACUCAGGGCUUGCAGGUGACCACGGGCCUUCCCUCAAGAGGAGGGGGCCGCUGAUGGGAUCUCCACACAUAGGCACUGGCGGCUGUCCCACUUGUCCACGGACCCUAGCUCCCUCCCCGUCGUCUGUCUCGGCCUGUCCUGGGAAUCUCCCACAGAGGCGGCUGCUUGAAGGGGAGUUGGGUGCGUAUGGUGCCGCCCUUGGGGUUCCUUUCUUCCAGAUUAAGAUGCAGGCCCGCAGUCAGUAGCCCUUUGCGCUUCCUGGCAGGGACAGCAGAUGGUGAAGUCACUGUGAACAGCCUUUCUUUAAAAAAAUCUGAAAAUAGUCCUAGUUGGCAAAUUGUUUUAAAUGAGGAAAACAUUGAGCUUUGGGAAGGAAGGUGAAAGUGCACAAUAAGUAGGAGCGUUCAUGCGGAUCCAGGGGUCACAUGUGCCUGGUUAGCCACACGGAUCUGUGUUUGACCUCACAGUUCCACCCUCACAUUUCACAGACCAGAAACAACCUUUAACAAAAUCCUUUGUCUUAUUUCUCUGAUUUCUUGGGCAUUUAAUAGCAAUGAGAGUAUUAUGAAACAUUCCUAAAUAUAACAGUCUGCAAAUUUUUACUUUAUGCUGUUUGUUCAUAAACUUUUUAGUAGACUGAUUAACUUUGUAUUAACAUGGUAGUUAGUAUGAAUGUAAAAUCGCUCUUUCUUGACUUGAGGCUGCUGAGCUGAAAGCCAAGCCGGGUUGUAGAUAAAAUGGGUUGUUAGAGCAGGGUUGCUGGUGCACGUGCCACCCUCCCGCACAGCACAGAGCCCUCCCGGGAGUGGCUCCGCCGUCUCAUGUUCUGAAGCAGCACCAAGAGCAGCCAGAGAUUGUAACCUAAAGGAAACCACGAGUCUGAGUGCCUUAAUCUUUAACCAGUUUCCAAUCAGCUGAUUAAUACAUGCUUUUGUUGACUA